AUGGAGGUUCAUGCUAUAUCUGAUUCUGAACAAGAAAUGAACGAGUACCAUUAUCAUAUGGCAGUAAAGUUAACAAAGAAAGCCCGAUGGUUACAGAUAAGGAACUAUCUUGAUCACAAGUACGGUAUUAAAGUUAACUUUAGUGACUUACAUAAUACGUACUAUAGUGCAUAUCGGUAUGUUACCAAAGAAGACCCACAACCAUGUCAUUCACAUAAUCAUCCAGAUUUGUCGACAAGGCCAAGGACUGAAAACGCAAUAGCCGCCAGAAAAAGGAAAUCUGGGCAGCCUACGACGAAAGGAAAGAAAAAGAACCGCUGA